AUGCAGCACUCGCAGCUGGCCCCACUGCCAAGCGACGUGCCUUUUCGCAUCGUCUCCAAGACAAUCGGCCAGGGCGCGUAUGCCUGUAUUAAAAAAGCCUGUCCCCUCAACUCGGAUAAUCCCGUCUUCGCAGUCAAGUACAUCCACAAGGACUACGCCGCGCGCCAUGGCAAGAUCAGUGCCAGACAACUGCAACUGGAGGUGACAGUACACCGGCACGUUACGGGUCACAAUAAUAUCAUCAGUUUCUUCCAGACCGGUGAGGACGAGAUAUGGCGGUGGAUUGCGAUGGAACUGGCCGAGGGUGGGGAUCUGUUCGACAAGAUUGAGGCGGAUGAGGGCGUGGGCGAGGAUAUCGCACACGUCUACUUCUCGCAACUGAUUAGUGCCGUGAGCUUCAUGCAUUCCAAGGGCGUGGGCCAUCGCGAUAUCAAGCCAGAGAACAUGCUCCUCACAGGAGAUGGGAAUUUGAAGAUUGCGGACUUUGGCCUGGCAGCGCUGUUCGAGUAUAAGGGGACCCGCAAGCUCUCGACUACGUUCUGCGGCAGUCCCCCGUACAUUGCUCCCGAGGUGAUCUCCUGCAGCACUCGUGGUCAAAACAAAGGAUCAGGGUAUCAUCCAGACUUGGUCGAUAUCUGGUCCUGUGGCAUUGUGCUGUUCGUCCUCCUCGCGGGCAAUACGCCAUGGGACAGCCCGACAGAUGAUAGUUACGAAUUUCAUGAAUACCUCACGACGAAUGCGCGAACCACCGAUGAGCUGUGGCAGAAGCUGCCGCCCGCCACACUAUCACUCCUACGUGGUAUGUUGACGAUCGACCCCAAGGGUCGCUUCUCGCUGGAAGAUGUGAGAAGGCACCCUUGGUAUACUCGAUCGAACAAAUACCUUUCAUCCGAAGGUAAAUUAAGAGACCCUAUCAACCUCGCCACAUCUAUGUUCGAAUCGCUGCAUAUCGACUUCAGUCAAGACCCUCUCUCCCAGAAGAGGAAGGGCGCCAGUCGAAGCUUCGACCCGAUGGACAUGGAUAUGGAUGACAACGGUGACGCUACCUCUGGAGGUAUGUCAUCCACGCAGCCGGAGAUGUUAGGGGGUGGCAUGGUCAUGGACUGGGACACCCCACACCUGGCUGGAGAGUUUUCUUCCACGCAGCCCGCCGAAAAGCCAUUUGCAUCGCAGGACAUUGCAAUAGCAACGCACCUUGAAGACGAGCCUUCGUUGUCACAAUUCUCCCAGCAGCCUUCUGUGCCCUUGAGUCGAACUCAGAAUGCCCAAAAGUUCCAGGACAUUAUCCCCUCGCGCUCAAUGACGCGCUUCUAUUCUGCAUGGGAGCUGAAGCUACUGGUCCCAUUGAUCUGUGAAGGCCUACACCGUCUGGGAGUACCUGUUCCCUCAGUCCCUGCCGUGAGUGCUGGUGACACUGCUGCUAUGAUUCGGGUGAUUGCCAAGGAUGGUAGAAUGUGCUCACUCCAGGGCAAGGUCCUCAUUGAGUGUGUUUCCGAGGGACUCUUUGAGGUGGAGUUUGUCAAGAUCAAGGGGGAUCCCUUGGAGUGGCGCCGAUUCUUCAAAAAAGUGGCUAUCCUCUGCAAGGAUGCGGUUUUCAAGCCAGACGAAUAA